AAGGAUACCGACCGCGUACUGAAUUCCUGCGUAUGUGGAAACGCCGAGCAUAUAUACCAUGAACCAGCAACGUCAAUAGGGCGAACAGGCUGGUCCUGAUCGAUUCACGUCUGGCGUAUCCGCUCACGAAUUCACGUACUGGAGAGUAAUUUUCAUGUCAAAUGCCUGUCCGCAUCAAGUCGAACAAAUUCUGUUUUGCCUUCCGGUGCGGCUUGGGGUCCUGAUCAUCGGAGUGUUGGGCGUGGCGCUAGGAGGUAUUAUCGCUGUUGGAGGUAUCAUUCAGUACACUCACCUAGGUGGUGACAUCAAGAAUAAGUUGCCAUAUGUCAUCCAGAUAGUCGUAUAUGGAUUAUACGCGAUUAUAUCUCUUGGCGGAUUAGUGGGGGCUGUCAUCAAACGCAUUGGUUUAAUCAAGACGUUCUAUUUCAUCCUCAUCGUGCAUGUCAUGUUUAGCAUUGCCUCCGGAUCCUUCUCCAUCUAUCGGUAUUUCAAAGAUGCGCCCGACAGCGUGAGAUCAUGUGUCAAUGGAUCCCAGGACGAUCUGGUCGUCGAGGGAUGCGAAAAGGGUGUAUCCGUGAUGAAAGGUGUAUUGAUCGGAGUCUUCGUUUUCGUAUGGUUAAUGGAAAUAUGGGGGUGUAUGAUCGUCAAGAGCUAUUCGAGACAGCUAGAAGAUGAGGCAGAUGUAAAAGCAUAUGCGAAUAGGCAGUGGGGGUAGCUUUCUGAUCAUGGACCGAAUGUGAAAACUUUGAACGCUCUUAUUCGAUGACUACUUUCGGAACACUUGCAGCGAUGACUAUUGUACAACAGAAUUACUCUGUGGAUGACACAAAUCACUAGGCGUAG